AUGCUUUAUGCAUAUGUUGCAUUUGGAUAUAUAGCAAAUGAUAGUUCUUUUUAUGCAUCCUUACGUUCAGAAUUUAUUUUACAAGAUCAAAAGGUUUUACAAAUAAGAAGUGAAAAUUUGUUAGUUUCUGAUCAAAAGAAAUCAAAUGAUGUGAAUGAAGAAAUUGAUAUUUCAUUAUUUGAUUCUUUUUUGAAAGAAAUGAAAGCAGAUUAUCAAAACUCCAGUUUACAAUUGUACAUUGCAUUGAAUAAGUUUGCAGAGUGGUAUCAAAUG